GUUUCUACAACGGUUCUUCUAUAGGGCCAAAAGGAACUGAGGGCCUCCGGACCUCCGGUAUUGCCGGUCAAUGGGGUGACUGCUAUAGAAUUUUCUUUUGCUUUGGGGAAGUGCGGGCGUGAUUUUAUUACGUACAAGUCGUGUGGGAGCACAUCCUGACCGACUUGUAUAAAGACCAGUCGAUCUACCUUUUCCUUCAUGGGUUCUCUAAAUCUAUCCGUUUUACGUUCUAGCGCUACGAUACCAAUACCAAGUACUCCGGUCGUUUCUUCUCAACCGAUACUAGCUUUCGUUUAGCAGCCCUUUGCCCUCGCUUCUUUUUUCAGGUAGCUGAUCUAUUCGGUUCAAAUCACGAUGCGUUCUUCUAUGCUCUUGCUGUCUACCCUUGCCGGCUCUGCCCUCGCUCUGCCGGGAGUUUUCCCUCACGGUUUCAACUCCACCUCUCACAGCGCCACCCACUCUCAUACCCUUCUUCCUACUGGUGGUGGAGGUGGUGAGAAGCCCACGGACACAGGAAAGGGUGGUGAGUCUCAGACCACCACCGCUCCUGGAGGGUCGGGCUCUGUUCCCGGAACCACUGUGACCUCAACCAUCACCGACACCAUUACGAAGACGACCUUCAAGCCCUGCUCAACCCCAGUCCACACCGAAGGUGGCACCACCUACUAUAGCUCCUGGGUGACUGCUUCCACUUAUGAGACUACCACCUGCUAUACCACCACCACUGUCCUGACUUCCACUCCUACCGCCGCCCCCUCUGCCCCUGCCGAGACCACUGUCGCUCCUGCUCCCAGUGGUGCUCCUGGCUCCGAGACCUGCCCUCCUGCCUCCACCGUGACCGUGUAUGUCACAGUUGGCAACGGUGGCUCUGGUGCUACCACCACCGUUGUUCCCGGUGGUCAGGGUGGCCACCACUGCGAGCGUUGCGAGACCAUCACCUAUACCAACACUCAGGGCUACACUACUACCAUUGUGAUCCCUCCCAUCUCUGAGCCAACUGGCACUGAGACCGAGAAGACCACAGCCACCGAGGUGCCUUCUUCCACCACGACUGAGACCAGCAAGCCCACCGGCACUGGAUCCCACCACACCCACACCAAGCCGACUGGAACCGGCAAUGGACCUGCUCCCACUGAGACCAAGACCUGGCACGGUGGUGCCCACAGUGUUGUUCGCAACUAAGCUGAACAAGUAUUUUACGUUCUCCUUCAGACGAUGAUGAAGAUGUGUUAUGUUUUCGGUACCUCAUGUGAAACAAGAAUGAGGUCUUUACGGUCCUUAAUGACACCUUGCAUAUAGUGCAGUGAUAUGCUGUUAUGUAUUUAGUUAUAGCCAUUCCUUAAUGUUUAGACACUCCUUAAUAUUAUAGACAUCAACAGAGAAGAAAAUAUAGAUCAUCAGUGGAUGCCAGCUGGCAAAACUUGAUAUCGGUGCCAUG